UUGUUUGCAGAAUCUUUUGUUUCUACUGAUAUUUGUCCUGAGGCCAAAGAUACCUGCUACAACUGGUUCUGCAAGAUUGGUUCAGUUCGCGAGCUUCUUCCACGCAUAUACAUGGAACUUGCAAUAUUACGUUGUUGGCGUUUCCUAGAGGUCGAUCAUUUGCAUAAUCUCCACCGCUUGACUAUGAUGAUGAGAGGCCUUGCGGAUCCACUUGCAUCGGCAUAUUGUCAUCUUUAUAUGGCCCAUUGUGCUGAUUCACUAAAUCCAGGAGACAAAGGUUAUCUAAUUGCAUCAAUAAGUAAUAUAGCCCGUCUAUUGGAGCGCAUGAUUGUAAACAAAGAAACCAUUACUACUCAUUCUUACAAGAGUAACAAAAUGGUUAUGAUGCUAAUGGAACCUGCCAUUGAGUGGAUCAUGAAGUGUAUACACAUCGAUAGCUGUAAUAAGGAGCUUGGUGGUGUACUCUCAGAGUUUGGAUUUUGUACUACUCUAUCUGAACCAAGCAAGAGAGUACCAUGCAUUUCGAUAAUUCUUCAUUAUCUUCUCAAGCAACUUCCAGCUGAAUUUAUCAGCAUGAAUGCACUAGAGGUCAUUGACCUUUAUGAGCAAAACAAAGAUAUAUCCCUUGAGCAGCAUCUGAAUUAUAGGCUGCUUGGUCUCAAACUCUUUGAGAGCCCACCACCCAUCAGUUCUAUUGAAGCUGUACUUCGUCAUGUGUCGAAGGUGGCUAAUCAGUACGAUUGCCUUGAUGAGUAUUUGAUAGUAGCUGAUGCAUACAUGGACAUUAUCCUUCACUACUCACUGGAUGACUCUCUCUCUAUUUUUUUGGAUGGCAUUCUACAACGAGCUGAAAAUAGAAGGGCAGUUGAAAAUGAAAUGGACGUGUUACAGUCUAUUCUGGUCAAGCUUAUCAAUCACUUUGAUAGCAUAGAAGAUGUUUUCUCUCUGAACCAUUUUACGGGGAUCCUUGAACUUUUACAUGGAAGCUCAUGGAGCAUGGUCAACACGAAAAUACUUCAGAAGGCUACAAGCACUGGUGUUAUAUCUGAUCCCAGAACCGUACAGUUUCUUUUUGAAAUUUGUCAAGACCUUCACAAUAGCAUUGAUAUCUCUGAUCUGGAUAGUGAUAUACAGAGGGCGCGUCUCAUUUCUAGUUUUGUCCAGAUGGUGGACUUCGGUGGUGAAGGAGAGCCCCAUUUAACAUUUCUAAUUGAAUGUCGUGCAGCUUUUUGGCAAAUUAACGAACUUAAAGACACUCUUGUUCAUAUAUGUAACAAUCUGGCAGUCAAAGCUAUCAAAACCAUGAAAAAGAUUACAAAUUUUCUUAAAGCAUGCAUCGCAUUCAAUGAAGUUACAAUUCCAUCUAUUUCAUCCAGUGUAAGGCGCAUGAAUCUUUAUCUCGAGACAACUGAGGUAGCAUUGUUCGGAGGUUUAAUUUCUCAUACAGAGGGACUCAUAAAUUCUGCAAUCAGUUGUUUGCAAAAUUUGAACAUGACAGCAGGUUUUCAGAAAUCAUUUGACAUAGAUCAAGUUGUAUCAUUAUCAUGCAAGUUGUGCAGCAUAUUGGUUAUGGUACCAGGAAACCAUGAAGAAGGGGUCACUUUGUUGCUCAGGAACUUGGUAUCAGUUGUUGAUUGUCAAUCACUGACAUCACCAAGGAUUAAAACAGAGAUACUUUUUGCUAUAGUUUCGUUGUCAGCAAGUCUUACUCAAACUAAGCUUCCUUACCGUGCAAGCAGUUCUCAGGUUGUAAGCAAUGACAAACUAUUUUAUGGAGAUGCAUCCUAUCAUAAAGAACUUUCGUCCCUCUCUAGUCUGGCUCUUCAGAAACUGGUUGAUGUCAUUGAAGAAGAGCCUAAUUUGGCUACACGUGGAAGACUGGCAUUGGAUGCCUGCAAUCACCUUAUCAUUUGCUUUAAGGCAAACCCUCAACUUCAUCUAAAAUGCGCUCAGCUCAUCGACAUUGCCAAGUUAUAUCUUCAUGUGAAAGACAAAUAUAUGGAGUCUACAGGGAGCUUCUUCCAUAAGAAAUUCUCAAAUUUAUAAAGUUGAUUCGAUCUGGAGUCUUUGAUUAUUUGCUUCAUUAGAGAUCUGUGAUCCCAAAAUUUUGAAAGAAAGUCCAAGAUCCAAAUGUCCACUCAUCUGCUCAAUCGGUUGGAACUGAUAAUUCCAAUGCCACAUGAGAGAAUUGAUUGGUGAUGUAUAUAUUUGAUUACUGUAAUUUAUAAAAUGAGAAAAUGUAUACUUGUGGACGAUCAUAAGUGCGUUAUGUUUCCUUGAUUUGAGUGAGAUUAUUUGAAAACAAUAAGAUUCAUCAGUA